AUGAGUUCCCGCAAGGACGACCCUAAGGACGCUACCACGGCUAUACCGUCGGAAUCGGUACCUACUUCUAUCAACUCUGCAGAAGCGUCAGCAGCACCGACAGAGAUUCCUGCAGAAGGAAUCCUUAUGCCAAAUGGCAAAUACUAUACCAACUUCUCCACUCUCGAGUCCGCCGGAUCGUAUCGCACGUUGAACAGCUCGACGACUGGUUGUUACGCGGAAAAUGGAUCGAUGCCCAUACUUCUCGCGGAAAAGGACUUAUGCAACCUAGGAUUCUUCUGCCCCAACACCACUGAUAAUGCGCCGCCACAGUACUGCCCGCCAUCUUUCGAAUGUCAAGCUCAAAGAAUGAUGGGAAGGGACUGCCCACCGCAGGGACUCCUUGAACCUGUCAUUUGUGACGGUGGAUACUAUUGCCCCAAGGGAGGGAAGGAGCGAAUAGAAUGCCCAAAAGGUAGCUAUUGCCCGAUUGGGAGUUUCGAGCCAUGGCCGUGUGCAAUGGGCGCAAUAUGUCCGGCGAAAUCGCAGCGCCAGAUCGUCACGGUGCCGUUCGGCUUCAUGAUUGCUUUCGACAUCGUGCUCGGACUUGUCGUCGGCUUGGGCUUCUUCAUCUCCGCGUGGAGAAAAGGCAGGAAGAAGAACUAUGCUGCUCUGCCUAACCCUGAAAAAGAUGUGGACGACGACGGUAUCGAGUUGAUCACAAAGGAAAACAAAGAUGCCGCCGAAGACCACGAUGAUUUGAGCGCGAAUCCGGAUUUCCAGGUCUUCAUGCGGUACAUUGCACGGCUUAUCAAGACGAAGGAUGUCGGUCUUUCGUUCGAUUUCGAAGGCUUGGAGUUCGAGCCUAAGCCCGGAAAGAAAAUCUUGAAGGGUGUCAGUGGACUCAUCCAGAGCGGCUCUAUGUGGGCUGUUAUGGGUGGUUCUGGUGCCGGAAAGUCGACGUUCUUCAAUGUGCUCAUGGGGAAGACUCGCCACACUGCAGGAGUGAUCAAAGUUAACGGCCACCCGAAGGAUAUGGCAAAGUACAAGAAGUUGAUCGGUUUUGUUCCCCAAGACGAUAUUGUUCUUCCCGAACUUACUGUUCGCGAGAACAUCUUGCACUCCGCACGAUGCAGAUUACCAAUGACGUGGAAAGACAGAGAUAUCCAGGCAUACGUCGAUGCGCUUAUCUCCUGUAUCGGUCUGAGCCACGUCCAGCAUUCGCUCGUCGGCGACGCUAAUAAGCCUGUGGUUUCUGGUGGACAACGCAAGCGUGUCAGUAUCGGCAUGGAGCUGGCAGCCGCCCCUAUGUGUAUUUUCCUCGAUGAGCCGACAUCCGGUCUCGACGCAACUUCUGCGUCGUCGAUUAUGAGGCUGCUAAAAGCGAUUACGAAACUUGGUGUUACCACCAUUACGAUCAUUCACCAACCUCGCGAGGAUAUCUUCAACGGUUUCGACAAUAUCUUGCUGCUCGGUUCAGGCAGCGAAAUCUACGCAGGACCUACUAUCGAGGCUCCUGUCUAUUUUGAUUCCCUCGGUUUCACGUUCCCAUCGCGUGCAAACCCCGCCGACAUCAUCAUGGACAUCAUCAACGGUGAAGGAUACGCAUACAGACAGGAUCACGCAACGUCGGAAACCCCAGUCGCAAGGCUUAUCGAAAACUGGCGCACUCGUCACCAACGCGAACAUCGAUCCAGUAGCCCCGCGCAACCGCAGCAUCUGCUUCCUGAAGAUGCUUACAACACGCCUGCUUACGACCCACCCGAGCAGUCCUAUCAAGAUGUAUUGAACGCCCCGAAACGUCCCCGUCCUACCUCGAUGAUCUCCACCGCAGACCAAGAAGCCGAGUUGAAGCGAACAAUGAAGAAGCGCGGAGCCUCCUGGUACGCACAAGUCUACUACUGCUGCAAGCGCAGCAUCACCCAACAAGUGCGCCUCAAGAACAGUUUCUUCUUUGAAAUCGGCACCGGCGCCUUCGCAGGCGGCAUUAUCGGUCUCAGUGCUUUCACCGCAGAAGGCCAGCUCUUCAAGGGCAUCUACAAGGAUACUUUCUCCAUCGUGUCUCACGCCGUGAACUACACGUCUGCGCCGCAGCUGGGUCUCCUCGGCGCCAUGGCCAUCGGUCUAGCUGCUUCGGCUCCGGCAGUCAAGGUCUUCGGCGAAGAAAAGCUCGUGUUCAACCGCGAGGCGUCGUCAGGCCACAGUAUGAGCGCGUACUACUUCGGCAAAAUGGUCUCCGUGCUGCCCAGGUUAUUCAUCGCGAGCCUCCAUUUUAGCGUCUUCAUGGGUAUCCUAGCCACGCCCAUCAUGAGCUGGCCCGACAUGUUCCUCGCGAACCUGCUCUACUUCUUCUGCGUGUACGGGCUCGCCUCGUGCAUCGGGAUGGUCGUGAAGCGCGAGGACGGACCGCUGCUUGCCGUCAUGGCGAGUCUGAUCAUCGGGAUCCUGGGCGGUGUCGCGCCGCCGCUGAGCAAGGUUAAGGAGUGGAACAUCGAGUUUCUGUGGAGAUUGAGCCCUGGUGUGUGGUUCACUGAGUCGUAUUUCAGUCAGUGCUUGCAGCCGCUGGAUUAUUUGUAUAUGCUGGAUUUGGCGACGACGGCGACGGGAUUCAAUCUUGGGAAGUAUAGUUUGGAUAUGGGGGUCCUCGUCGCGCUUGGAGUUGUAUAUCGCGUCAUUGCUUUUGUGUUGCUGGUUACUGUUCAGCGGAAGCGCGGAUAG